GGGAAACAUCCAGUAAAGUCUGGACUUUGAUCAGAUCGUGUGAAACACACUUAGUGUAGACAUGAGAAUUUUGUUUCUCACGCUACUAGCGGGGCUGCUGGCCUUGGCCGUGUCUGAGAAAGAAAAGGAGUCCACAUCUAAGAAGAUCGUGCCACAAGAAAAUGCUAAAGAAGGCACGGAGAAGAAACAAGACAAGCGAGGACUGAGUCACAUCGAAGGAGAUUAUGGAGGACACGACGAUGGCGGUUACGGCGGUGGUGGUGAUGGCGGCGGCUUCGACGGCGGCCACGACAUCGGCGGUCACGACAUCGGCGGCGGUGACAUUGGCGGUCAUGACGGUGGUGGUUACGAUGGUGGUCACGGCGAUGGUGGUUACGGCGGUGGUGGUUAUGGCGGUGGUGGUUAUGGCGGUGGUGGUUAUGGCGGAGGUGGUUAUGGCGGAGGUGGUUAUGGCGGAGGUGACGACGGUGGCAAGGUCAAACAGAUCACUAUCGUAAAGACCGAGAAGGUACCUUAUCCGGUCGAGAAGAAAGUUCACUACCCGGUGGAGAAGGAAAUUCCAUACCCGGUUAAAGUUCCGGUACCGCAACCAUACCCGAUCGAGAAGAAAAUACCGGUACCGGUAAAAGUUUUGGUGAAGGUACCGAUUCAUAUACCGCAACCGUAUCCAGUCGAGAAGAAGGUGCCGUAUCCGGUUCACGUGCCGGUUGAAAGACCGGUGCCCUACAAAGUAUACAUUCCUCAACCGUAUCCGGUCGAGAAGAAGGUUCCCUAUCCUGUAAAAGUGCCAGUGCCGCAGCCGUUCCCAGUAGAAAAACCUGUGCCGUAUACUGUAAAGGUUCCGGAGCAUGUGCCGCAACCUUUCCCGGUCGAGAAACCGGUGCCGUAUCCGGUAACAGUACCCGUUGAACGACCGUAUCCGGUGCACAUAUCCAAGCCGUAUCCUGUACCCGUUGAAAAACCGGUACCUUAUCCAGUAGAGAAGAAGGUACCUUAUCCGGUUAAGGUACAUGUGGAACGACCUGUAGCAGUGCCAGUGGAAAAACCGGUGCCCGUACACGUUAAAGUACCAGUACCGGCGCCGUAUCCGGUGGAAAAGCCGGUGCCGUAUCCGGUAGAGAAGCCGGUGCCUUACGCCGUAAAAGUGCCUGUUGAACGACCCGUACCGGUUACUGUGAACAAGCCGGUGCCUGUGACGGUUCCCAAGGCGGUACCCUAUCCCGUAAAAGUUCCGUAUGCGGUACCAGUGCACGACCAUCAUUACGAAUCCGGUUCCGGAGGUGAUUACGAGUCCAGCUACGGGGGUCACAGCUACGGGGGUCACAGCUACGGGGGUCACUCGGGAUAUUAGUAACCAAAGUGCGGUAGUGGAGGAUUUUCGACCCCCCGAACGAAUAAGUCAGAGAUGAAGAGAAAUGUAUCAGAAAGAUACAUGUUAAAACAAAAGAAAAUUUGUCGAUACACAUUUUGAUUAAUGUAUAUAUUCGAGAAUAUGAGAGAAAAUUGU